UCCUGCACCCCUGGCCCCUCUUUGCCAGCACACUCAGCCCCAGCCUCAGCAGCUCUCACACCUCCCCACAGCCCCACAACAGCCUCCACAUUCCCUCACCCUCCUGCAUCACUGCCCCUCACAGCCCCACACCCCUGCCCUACCACAUCCCUUCUCUUCCAGGGACCCUCCACACCACAGCCAUGGCCUGCAACAACCUCUGCCAGCCCUGCGGACCCACCCCGCUGGCCAACAGCUGCAACGAGCCCUGUGCCCUGCAAUGCCAGGAUUCCCACGUCAUCAUCAACCCUUCCCCUGUGCUGGUCACCCUGCCAGGACCCAUCAUGACCUCCUUCCCCCAGAACACCGCCGUCGGAUCCACCUCCUCGGCUGCCGUGGGCACUGAACUCAGUGUGCAGGGACAGCCUGUCUCUGGUGGAUUUGGUGGCUUUGGCUAUGGCCGUGGAUUUGGCUAUGGCUGUGGCUACGGGCUGGGAGGCCUGGGCUGCUAUGGCAGAAGGGGCGGCUACAACUGCUAAGGACCCUCAGCACCUCUCCUGAUGGCCACUCCCUGGAACACAUCUCAGGCAUUGAGGAAACAUCUCUGGGUCAAGGCUCUCAAAUGGGCUCAGCACUUCCAGCUCCUGCUCUCAGGGCACCAAGCAAGGCAGUAGCCACAUGGCCAGCCUGAGCUGCAUGCAAAACACGCCUAUCUUCCUCCUCCUCUUCCUCCAUUCCCUGCUCUGCAUCACCUCUUUGUGUAUGUGUGGUCUCCUCUGCUGCAAACCCCUUCUCCCAAGCCAGAGACCAUUGGGCACCUCUGCUGGGCUGCUCCCUCAGUAAGGCAGAAAGCCUGGCACAACCUCCUGCAUUCAAAGCUGCAUUCAAAGCAGCUCGGCUGAUGGUCGCCCUACUUGCAUCUCAGAUCAUCUCCCUUCCACUGGCUGCUCCUGAGUUUUCACUGUCCUACCUCAAUAAAAUUUU